AUGGAGUAAGAUAGUAUUACCAUUCUUUCAUCAUCAAAAGAAAGAAGAAUAAAGUAUUUUCAUAUUAUCAUUUAGAGUUAUAUUGAUUGGAGACUAAAGUGUUGGAAAAAGUAAGCUUCUUGAAUAAUUGCUAAACGUUGAAUCCAAAGUUAAUGAUAAAGAUAUUCAAACUGUUGAUUUUUUUAUUUCCAGAGUUAUUUUACCUGAUAAUUCAGAAUAGAAGAUAUUUAUUUGGGUUACUACUGGAGAAAUCAAAAAUAUGUAAUGACAUUCUCAAUAAUGAAAAUAAAUAGAAAUCUUAUACGAGCUUUUCUAAUAAAGAGUCAUAUUUAUGUUAUAGCAUUUUCUCUCAAUAAUCCUAUUUCAUUUGAAAAUGCUGUUAAUACUUGGUUUGCUUAAUGUUAUAAAAAUGCAAGAGAAACAAAUAAUUAUUAUUAUUUCAUUGGUACUAUGAGUGAUAAAGAACAUCUUUGUGGAUCCUAUUAAGACAUUAUAUAAAAAAUAGCAGAUAAGUGUUAGGAACUUAAAAUUGAGAAAAAUGCAUAAUCAGUACCAUUUCCAACAGACAAAGCAUAUAUAAGAUAAUCAGCUAAAUGGAAUGAUGAUAAUAUCAUUGAAUUUGCUAAAAAUAAAUUACCUAAUAAUGUGUAAAUUUUAUAUCUUUUAAAUUAGAUUCUAUUCUGAAACUUCAGCCGUUGUUAAAUCAGGAAUUGAAAGAAGUUCAAGCAUUUUUAUUAGAUUAUUAUAAGCUGCUGUUAAAUAGGAAUUUGAAAAAGAUGGAAUAUAACCUAUUAUUGCUCCAACUAGAACUGAUUCUAGAUUUUCUAUGGCAUAGAUGUAACACCCAACAUCAUCUACAAGAUAAUCAACUCAAACACCCAGUUUAUAAGUCAAUAUCGUAAAAGAACCUGCUCCAUUUUUGCCUUUUGAAUAACGAGAAUCGAAUUUGUCUUCAAUUGAAGAAGUUAAAAAAGAACAAAAUUUAUGUUGUAUGAUUUAAUGA